UUUGCCGAUACCGCUCCAGCUCCUCCGUCAGCAGCAGCAGCAACCCCGACCAUGAAGCCUCCGCUGUCGGCAACCGGGCCCCCACGUCUCCGCGCUUCUUGUGGCCGACGACAAGCUCCCGUUGGCGGUUAACGAUUUGGGCCAAGCAGCGGUGUCGUUUGAAGUCCGAGAAGUUUUUUGUAGUUUUCUUCGGGGAAAAUACCGCUAAACAGUAGAUAAUGUGGAUGUACAGUUGCUAAAACGGAAGGACUUUGGUUUUGUAAAGGAAAAAGAGCUCCUCCUCCCGCCCCUGGGUCAAACCUGUGAGGAGCGCUGAGGAGUGGAGCAGCUCAGGAUGGCAGUGGAAAUGUUUCGGAAAAAAGCCUCGUCUUCACUGAGAAUGAGAAGAAUCACAGAAAGUGCUAGAUGGGCGGUAGAUCGCGGGCGGAGCUUGUCUUUCCACGAGAGGAGUCAGCGUGAAGCUGAGAUGAGGGCAGCAGAAGAAGCCCAGAGCAGCAGCGCCAGUGUGGGCUCUGGGGGCAGCACUGUGCUACAGCGCCUCCUGCAGGAACAGAUGAACCGCAACUACGUCCUUCAGCAGCAGCAGCAGCAGCAGCAGCAGCAGCAACAACAACAGCAGCAGCAACAACAAGGUGCAGGCCCAGUUGCCCCUGACGACCACUCCAUGAGCCCCCACAUUGCCCGACAGGAGCCCCAGGGCCAGGAGCUGCAGGCAGACUCCACCUUGGAGAAACUGGGAGGGACGCGGGUCACGGGGGGUGGGGGCAGCAGCGGGGGAGGGGGCAAUAACCUGAGCGGUGGGGGCAACCCAAACCCUGCCCUGAACCCAGAGGACCUGCCCACCUACGAAGAGGCUAAAGUACAAUCACAGUACUUUCGUGGACAUGGCCCCCCUCCUCCACAGCAACAAAACCAGAACAACAACUCCCAGAAUGCUCCUCUGCCGGCAUCAGUUGGCGCUGCCUUUUAUGUAACUGCGGUAACGAACGCUAAAGUGCGAACCGAGGGGCGACCAACGGUGCAGAGAGUUAGUGCCGCCGGGAAAGUCCACCAAGAUGACGGGCUGAAGGACCUAAAGCAGGGACACGUGCGCUCUCUAAGUGAGCGACUCAUGCAGUUGUCAUUGGCAACGAGCGGUGUAAAAGCACAUGCCCCCGUCACCAGUGCACCUCUAUCCCCACAACUGCCCCCUCCUGGCCCAGGGGAGUACUAUAAACCGCCACACAGAGGACCACCGCCCGACUACCCCUUCAAAGGCAUGGGGUCACCCACUAAGCAGCAGGAGCCUGGAGGACACUUCUACCCUGAGCAGAGGGCCAGAGAGCACUCCAGAGAGAUGCCCCAUGUGCGGUACCAGCCCCCGCCCGAGUAUGGCUCCUUCAGGUCAGUUAAAGAAGGCCACUCCCACCGUGCCGGGCUGCACCACAGUCCCACCUCCUCUGUCACCUCAAUGGGCUCCCUGUCCCGGGCUCAGGCCUCUGCUCUCUCCUCUCUACUCAGCUCCUCUCAUCCCGGCUUUCCCCCUCACUCUCUGCCCCCUCAGCAGCAGCAGCAGGACCACAGCUACCCCCCCACACCGCGCCCCGGGACCCUGCAGCCCGAGUCGUACGGCCCCCUGCCCCCUCUCCAACAGCAGCAGCAACAGAGAGGGUAUCCACACGACCCCUAUGGCUCCACGCCCAGAAUGCACCACCAGGGCCCUGCUCCUCACCAGAGCCAGGGACCUCCUCAUGGCAUGUUCCCGCACCCGCACUCCCUGUCUGGCCUGCAGGGAGAGCCUUUUGCCAUGAUGUCACGGGCACAGCACAUGGUGGACGUCCUGACGGAGGAGAACCGGCAGCUGCGGCAGGAGAUGGAGGUGUGCCGCGAGAAGGUCACUAAACUGCACAAGUUGGAGACAGAGAUCCAGUUGGUGUCAGAGGCCUAUGAAAACUUGGCUAAAUCUUCGUCCAAACGAGAAGCUCUGGAGAAAACCAUGAGAAACAAACUGGAGCUGGAGGUGCGACGACUGCACGACUUCAACCGAGACUUAAGAGAGCGAAUGGAAACAGCCAAUAAGCAGCUGGCAGCCAAAGAGUGUGAAGGAUCUGAGGAUAACCGCAAGACCAUCUCCCAGCUCAUCUGUCAGAAUAAGGAGACACUGCGUGAAAAGGAGAAGUUAGAGAUGGAACUGAACUCUCUCAGGUCUCAGACGGAGGAUCAGCGGCGACACAUUGAGAUACGAGACCAGGCGCUGAACAAUGCCCAGGCCAAAGUGGUCAAACUGGAGGAAGAGCUGAAGAAGAAGCAGGUGUACGUGGAGAAGGUGGAGCGCAUGCAGCAGGCUCUGGCUCAGCUGCAGGCGGCCUGUGAGAAACGAGAGCAAUUGGAGCACAGGCUCAGAACCAGAUUGGAGAGGGAGCUUGAGUCUCUGCGCAUGCAACAGCGUCAGGGUGGCUCUCAGGCCAAUGGCAGCGUCCCACCAGAGUUUAAUGCCACAGCACUGAUGGAGCAUCUCAGGGAGAAGGAGGAGCGGAUCCUGGCUCUGGAGGCCGACAUGACAAAGUGGGAGCAGAAGUAUCUGGAGGAGAGUGUUAUGAGGCAGUUUGCUCUAGAUGCCGCAGCCUCUGUCGCCACCCAGAGGGACACAUCAGCUGCAGUGAUCAGCCACUCCCCGAGCAGCAGCUACGACACGUCUGUGGAGGCCAGGAUCCAGAAAGAGGAGGAGGAGAUCCUGAUGGCUAAUCGUCGCUGCCUCGACAUGGAGAGCAGAAUAAAGAAUCUUCAUGCUCAGAUCAUCGAGAAGGAUGCCAUGAUCAAAGUUCUGCACCAGCGCUCGAGGAAGGACCCACUGAAGUCCGACGGUCCGUCCAUGAGACCCUCCAAGUCCCUCAUGUCCAUCUCCAACACGGGCACCACCUCUGGGCUCCUGUCGCACAGCCUGGGCCUCAGCAGCUCCCCCAUCAUGGAGGAGAGGAGGGACAGCAGCUGGAAGGGCAGUCUGGGGGUGCUGUUGGGUCCAGAGUUCAGACCAGACUCCCUCAGAGCAGAAUCCAUUUCCUCCUCUCCGUCCCCGGUCCUACCUUCCACCCCCAUGACCGCAGGACACUCCAAAACAGGCAGUCGGGACAGCUGCACCCAGACGGACAAGGGCCAGGCGCAAGACGGGAGCAAGUCCAGCACCCCGGCACUACUGCAGAGUCCAGGUCUACAGAGUCCAGUACUGUCCAGUCCCCAGACCUACCAGAGCUCAGCCCUACAGAGCAUGACCCUCCCUGCACGCCUCUCCAGCCCCAGUCCAGUCUACAUCCCAGACAGAAUCGCAGAGGUGUUCCACAGCAGCACGUUGGAUCGCAGAGUCCCCCUUCACCCUCCGCCUCCUGUGACCACGCCCACACAGUCACAAGCCCCGCCCACUCAACAGGAAGUUGACAGCGACAUGGUGGAAAUACUCAUCUGAGCCUCCAUCUUUUAUUUUUUAAAUUGUAUUUCUGUUUUUGUUAUGAAGACGUCAUUCCCAUAUUAUAUUUAAGCACUUCCUCAUUAUCCACUAGAUCCUUCAAAACUUGCCUGGAAAGUUUAAACAUUUUAUGUUCAAUCAACAUGAAUAGAUGGAAGAAGUCACAAUACAAGAAGAAGCCGAUAAAUAAGCAAUUUGCCAAAUAAGUCAACACCGGGGACACGUUCUUAUUCUAGUAUAAAUCAUUUUAACCGAAUUUCCAGGUGAAGGAUUUGUGACACUCAAUUGAAAUGCACUAAUUUUCAUGAAGAUGUUUGGACCAACAGAGGAGCAUUCCUGCAUUAGGCUGGGAUUUUGGCAACAGGUUAUGUAGUUAAUUAUACUACAAUUUCUACUCAAUGUCUACAUUUCCCUCCACUAAUAUUAGCACCAUGUAUUUAAAACUUUUGUUAUUGACACUUUGCAGUGAUGUCACGCUGGUGUGGUGGUGGGGGGUGUAUGCAUGUCUAUGGAGGAAUGUUCAGCAGUUACCAGGUGACACAAUGCACAAUUGGCAAACACAACCUGACUUUAAAAAAAAAAAAUUCUAAGAAACCUUGGAUCAAUACAAACACUCAAGGUUUUAUGUUUUGUUGUGUGAUUUUCAAUUCCAAAGGUCAGUUUGUGAAAAACUGCAGGCUAAUGCUAGCUAGCCUUUGACUGUAAUGAUAUUUGCGAGGGCCUUGUUUUACAGAACAAAUCAGCUCACCUGUUGUAGUACCAACUAAGUCAGUUCUUUCUGGUCAGAUUGUGUCAAAACAAAGAUCAGAUUAAAGUGUAACUUGAGUAACAGCUCCAGAUAGAACAGUGCCUCCAGUUAGCAUCACCUCCCCAGGGAAUGUUGAUGACAAACUGCAAAUUAUCAAUAAGUCUUCAGGGUCAGAAGCUUAGCUGAGGUAUUGUCUUUUGAUACCCAUGGGGAAUUAUGCAUUUUGACCUGGGACCAGAUCUCCAGAUCUUGAACUAGGUUUGGUCAGGACUUUAAUUUUUUUUUUUUUUUUUUUUACCAAAAGUUUAUUAUCCCACUGUUCAGUGGGUACAGUGUUUUACUUGAAGUUUCAGUCAUUGUUUUCGGCACACGGCCCAAGAACAAAGUUUCAAAUAGUUUAUGGUGAAAAAGAAGUGAUGUUUACAAUUUGACUAACCCUGAGUUUAAGAUAACUCUGGAAACUGCUACUUUAGGCUAAACCUGCUUCCUAAAACAAGACGACUGUAUUUCUCAAUUUGUGCAUUUACCGUGGGUUAAAGCUGCACGGUGUAACUUUUCUGGUAGAGAGUUUGCAGUUUAAUUGUUGGAAGCUUGUCUCCAUGGUGAUAUUAUUGCUUUGCCUUGAAUGUUAUAUUUAAUGUUAUAUUUAAGUUCUAUCGGUGCAGACAAACAGGCAGUGCUAUGAGGCCACGCAGUCACAUCUGGCGAGUUCACUCACAGUAAGAGGAAUGCAGAUUUUUCAAGGCAUUUUUGAGCAAUAAAAAACAAAGCAAUAACAUCCCAAAGGAGGAAAGCAGGUGGUGGACCUCUCAUCAGAAAACAUGCAUAGUGCAGCUGUAACUACAACUAAACACUUCAACUUCAUAUUUCCAAAACAUUUGAUAAUUUCUUUCCAAACACAUGAUUUCACACCACAAUUUUUGUAAAUAUUUGUUUUCGUAGCACUUGUGUCUUUUACACUUCUACUACUAAUCUUUUAUAUGAAGAUGGUUUAUUUACAUCCAGGAUCGAUACGAAAAUGUAAUUGUUAUUUUCAGUAUUACAAAUUACUCUGGGCACUGGGCACCAAUUUUGUUUUGGGAAUUAUCAUCUUUUUUUUUUUUAACAAAAGUCUUAAAAAUCAUAUACAGACCAUCUUAUACAAAAGUUUGAAAAGUCUGAAAACAACAUUCUCCCACCAAGAGGCGGUAUAGGACCACAUUUAUCCAGUUAUUACAUAGUUAGGGCCUUAUAUAAUGGAUACAUUUACUCUUGAUGUUUUUUUUUUUUUGUUUUUUUUUUGUAUCCGUGACAAAGUUCAAGUGAAGUUACAUGUCAGAUCUGUGGAGAAGUCACCCUGCUCACACUAAGAACACAUGUUUUUCGUUUUUUUUGCCCAGUAAAAAUGCUGAUUCCUAAUUAAACACAAGAUACAGAUAGAGAUGUUUAAUGCCAUACUAUGGAGAAUUCCAGGCAAAGCAUUAACUUCUGAAGAAAUGGAGGUGCUGUUAAAGUUAAGUAAAGUUGAGUAGCACACCUUUACAUUUCAUUAAUCCUGUAUCUUUGGUUAAUUCAACUUUUUUAAAGCUGGGGUUCCUUCUGUAGCUUUGCAUUGCAAACGGAAACAGCAGGAGAAAGUGCAAAGAAGAGCAUGUUUCCAGAAAAGGCACAACUUGUAUUAGAGUGGAGAUGAUGAUGACGAUGGGUUACGUAGGAUUGCAUCUCAAAAUGUAGUAAUAUAACAUUCAAAAUAAUCACAUUAACCAAGAUGAGCUUAAAUGUAAUGAGCUUACUGUUUACUGCACUACAACUUAAAUGAAAACAACUGUACAUAUUUUUUUGUGUGACAAUUUUCGGUAGUUUGAAGAUUUUUGGUGGAGAGGGGAAAAAAAUAGAUUAUUAUAUUAUUAUUAUAGAAAUAGAUUAUUUUAUUUUCAGGGAAAAUCACCCAGCCCCAUGGUGGUCCACCUCCAAGACUGUUGUAAAGUUGUGCACACUCCUGAAAAUGAGUUUGUGUGAUUACUGGUCAAGUGGUUUGUGAGAGCGAGGGACAAGUUAGCUCACAGUUUGAAAACAAGGUACCCCAGCUUUAACUACCAAACUGCUUCAUUGUGCAAGACUUUGAGGUAUCUGCGAGAUGCAAACAUUCAUUACUUUAAGUUCUCUACAGGAAAUACAAAGGUGUUCAAAGUUAGAAUAAUGCUCACUAUAGGGCCUUUAAAGUUAAACCAAAAACGUCCUGAAUGACCAAAGCCAUUUUCUUCCUUCUUCCUUCAUACAAACACUAGGACGCACUGUGAUGUUGAGUCAAAGUACAGUUGAAACACUCUUUGGCAAAUGGAAUGUACUGAAAUGGAUACAGGUUGUAAUCGAAAGUAAUGGGUGAAAAGCACAAAGUAUUGUUUUUUUUGUUUUGUGUUGAACUGAUUUUUGACAAAGGGCCUUUUGGACAAACACGUCUGAGUCCAUUUUAUGCACACAAUUAGGAGCAAGUUCAGAAUAUCAUCGUAAAUUUGUGAUUAACCAAUCCUUAUAUGCUUCUGAGGUCUUGAUUUAGGAUUUUGCUUGGCAGAAUCUAACUGGAGGAUUUGCCUUCUGUGCAUGAUUUUCGUUGAUGGUGAAUUUGGAGUAUUUUAGUUGCCAAGUCUGCUUCUUUAUAGCAACUUUGGGCUUUUGGAAGUUGUGGGCUGUGGUCUAUUGGGCUUGUUCCUGAGAGGUACUUUAUAAUAAUAAUGAUAAUGAUAAUAAUAGAGGUUAUUUAUACAUUUUUGGCUGUUUUAAAAAGACUUAGUUGCUUGUUUCUCUCUGAAAAUUCUGCAACUCGGAGGAAACUGCUCAGAAACUUAAAGAACAUGCAAAAUCAACACAGAAACAUCUUAUGUGAUCUACACGGGAAUUGAACCUGGGACCUUUUUACUAUAAGCACAAACAACAACUCUCCUGUCUGUUCACUUGGCCCUGCUUUUUUAUUUUUGAAAACAUGAUUUUGGGGAUUCUUACUGUUAACAGCUAAUUCUCCAGCAAUUCUUUUGAAGCCUUUUUUACCUACAUCUGUUCAGUUUAGCCAGGUCAUUUGUCAUACACGUAGUAUUUUAUUUACACAAUAUUUCAUUUUAUUGGGUUAUUAGACGGUGUAACAGUUAUGAAACAGGUCAGUUGUUAAGAGUUAGCAACCAGGCUAAUAAUAGUUUUUGCUAACUAAACUUCAGAUAUUUUUUACAAUAAGUGUUACUGGUGGUCAAUAUUUGAGUUGUUCGGUUCGUUUUGUCAUUAGUAAUCAAUAACCACUUCAGUAUAGCAGCUAAUAAAAUAGGUAUUUGUCACUAACUCUGCUAACAUAUCUGUUAACUAUGCAGCAACUAGCAAGAAGUUAGCUGAAUUUUGAAUUUACCUUUUACAUGUUUGCAAAAUUACCAUAAGUGUUACUAUUUGCAAAACAUUUAAAACCUUUUAAAUAAAACAAAUACAUAAUACAUAUAUAAAUGAAAAUAAAAAUAACUUGUAUUAAUUAUUUUUUUUGCCAAAUAUACCACUGACGUUUAAAUUGCAAACCUAUUUUUAAGUGCCUCAAAGCGACAGUAUCGUUCCUAUUAAGUCUUACUACUAUAAAAGCCAAUGUUUGUUCCAUUAAUUUUAGCGCUGUUAGCAUUUCAAGCUAAUCAUUUUGAAUGUAGGUGAAAAUGUCAGAGAAACAACAGUUCCACUUGUAUUUUAUUUUAUUGUGUGUUUUUAGAAAGAACAAUGUUUAAACAAAUUGUAAAAUGUGUAAAACUUGUAAUUUCACUAUUUGCUGCUUAUUUUGUAAUAUUUUUGCUGUACAAUCACAAUCAUCUCUUAAUAUUUUAACACCUAUUGUAAACUCCCUGUGAUAUAUCAUUUGUUUUGUGGUAAAGUUUCCAAAUACUAGUCUCUGAAUGUUUAUUAUUGAGUUAAUUUAGGAUGAAUUUAAUUCUUAUGUUAAAUAAAAUAAUGAGG